AUGUCGAGACGCGAAUCAGAAAGUGAAGAUGAGAAGAUGAAAGCUCUGGCAGCGGUAUUAAGUGAUGAUGAUAGUCGACGUUAUCAAUAUACACGUGAUCAGUUGCUCAGCAUUCGUCAGAGUGCGCUCAGUUGUGUACGGCCUGAGUAUCUUUCUGUUGAAUUUGAUAAUGAAGAUGGAAAGUUUAUGCCUGAGAAAUGGUUGGAGUAUCGUUGGAUGUGUGAAGGUGUUGAGAAUCGUCCGAGUGCGGGUGCUAGACGUAAGGAGAAGCUGAAAGCCGAAGCAUUGGAAAGUGCUGAUUCUACAGUUCUCUCUCCCCAAAGACGCGCCUUCUCGUCUGGAUGCAGAGCCGCAUCACCAUCCAAAAACGAGGGCGAACCUGAGAGACUGGGAGUGAAUAAAGGAAACUGGCGAAGUGGUGCGGGCUUUAUGCUGAAAAAUUCCACGUCUACAGAUUUCAAGCCAGCAUUCGGUCGAAGGAAUGCAUCGAGCGGUGAGGAAAAGAUGCCCGAAUGGUUGAACGAAGGACCGACGUCGAUGUUAGAUAUGAUCGAAUUGAAGGGUUUCGAUGACGAACAGCACGGCAAAUCGAAACGAGUGCAGUCAGCACGAAGUAAACGCGAAACAGUGGCUAGCAAACAGUUGCAGCAAGCCAUGUCCUCUUCAUGCCAACGAUCCGCACGAAACAACACCUCUGCCCACCAACAACAACCGUCACACUCCUCAACUGUCACUUCAUCGUCUUCGGCCACUUCAUCCGCUUCCUCACGAACCACUUCGUCGUCGAUCACCGCUCCAUCGGCCAAUAAUAUCACUCCGUCACAAACUCCACCGAUCGCAACUAGUGGUGACAAGACAGAUAAAGAUAACGAUUAUGAGAAGGCAUCUGAUAAGGGUAGUGCUCUUAAGCACUCAACACUGGCUCAACAGAAUGAGCACUGUUCAUCAACAAGUGGUACGAAUCAAACCGUCAGAAUACCUCCUGAACUGGCCGCCUCGAUGUCACCGAUUCUGAAUGGUAAAUUGCCGAAUUCGGAUGCUGAAUUUGCAGCCAUUUUUGGCUUGUUGGGCGAAAACGAUUUGAAUUCGAUCAAACAGAAGGAUACGAAUUCAAGUGCACUGCAACCACCAUCGGUGACCGGUAGCCGUUUAUCACGUUUCUUUGCCACUCCACUCAGCAAUGACCAGCCGAAUGCUAACGCUGAAUCGGAUGGGACAAGCAGUACAGGUGGUGGCACUUCACGUAUAACUCCACCGAAUGCAAACGUCCCCUCACCCUUACAAUCUUCCUCUUCUUCAACCACAACGGCUAAUCCAAUUCUUCAGAAACUCUUCAAUAGUUCCCCUCAACAAACUGCACAAGCACCACGGAGUGCGAUCCCACUGCAGCAUAUGAUGCGAGUGGAAGACCUCGAACGAGGCUUCCAACAAGAAGCAGCCGCGAACAGCGCAACAGCGCCGAACAGUUCGAGUAAUGCACCAUUCCAGAAGGAGUUCAUCUCGGAUGAUGGCAGUGAACAUCUGCGUGCUCUGGGUCUUGAUACCGUGCCGAGCAGUAAUUAUUUGAACAAACAUGCGAUGAAGGAUGCUUCGUAUCAACACCAAAUGCAUUUGAUGAAUAACAAUAAUAAUGCCAAUUCGAUCUUGUCACGUCUGUCGUCAACUCAAGCGUCUGCAUCUGCAGUGCGUGCACCGCUGCCUCAAUCAAAUCUUGCAUCGCAACACCAGUAUAUGUCGUAUCCAACCAGUACUACUUCCCUCUCAACACCAUCCCCCAAUUUAUUACCUCCCCCCAAUAACAGUGAUCAGACCGUAACGGCGCUGCAGGCAGCUGCUUUUAUGCGACAGCAAUAUGAGGCUGCUGCAAUCCUUCAACAGAUUCACGCACUGCAACAACAACAGCAACAGUUGACUGGUGGUGCGUCUGGUGCUCAGUUCGGCGGUGAUUUCAAUGCCGUGAGGUUUGUGCUUUUUUGA